AUGGCAAGUGAAAGUGAUUCCUUUGUGCGCAUGAUGUCUGAAGAGACCCAUGUUGAAGCAUAUUCCUUGCCAAUGCAAAAUGAAGACCUUCAUACUUCAACAAAUGGUGCAAAAGGAAGAGCCAAAAGAUCAAGCAACUUUAAUCGUACGGAGGACGUUCAACUGUGCAUUUCAUGGCAAAGCAUUAGCUCGGAUUCUAUUAUUGGCAAUGAGCAACCAAGGAAGGCAUAUUGGCAAAGGAUUGCAGAGCACUACCAUGCUAACCGUGAUUUUGAGUCUGAUAGGAAUGCAAACUCUCUUGAGCACCGUUGGGGUAACAUUCAGAAGGAAGUAAGAAAGUUUCAGGGCUGCUACGAUCAAAUUGAGCGUCGACAUCCAAGUGGCAUACCACAUCAGGAGCUUGUUCUUGAAGUCGAGGCAUUGUACUCAUCGAAUGCACCAAAGAAUAGGGCAUUUCAGUUUAAUCAUUGUUGGCUCAAGUUGAGGAAUUCUCCGAAGUUUCAAACUCUAGAAUCCCACAAGAGGCCAAGGUCUAGGAAGUCUUCGACCCCAAUUGAGAUAGCUGGUGAAGAAGAUGAAGAAGGAGAUGAUGCUAGGAAGAGUACAACUCCUGAUUUAUCACAGCCAAGUGCUAAAAAGAGACCAAUCGGUAGGAAGCAAGCAAAGGAGAAGUUGAAGAAUGGAGGAGAAGAUGGACCAUACAAAGAGGCGAUGAAAGUUCUUCCAAGGAGGAUGAAUAGAAACAUUGGUAGAUCAAGCAAGCAAGGAGCGGUGAUGAGGAAGUAA